AUGGCAGAUUUCGACCUCUCCCGCGAUUUUAUUCCUGCCCUUCAUAAACCUUCGUCUCUACUCCCAAUCGCCCGCCAUCGCAAAAGUCUUCUCUAUUUGAUCGAAACAUAUCCUGUUGUUAUUGUUGUGGGUCAGACCGGAAGCGGUAAAACAACUCAGAUCCCUCAAUUCCUACACCAGGCAGGAUGGUGCGGACAAGGGAAGAUGAUUGCACCCCGUAGGGUUGCUGCUACUACAGUAGCUGCGAGAGUCGCUGAAGAAAUGAGAUGCAAUCUUGGUCAAGAGGUCGGAUACUCAAUCAGAUUCGAGGACGUAACCUCAGCAGCCACAAAGAUCAAAUUUUUGACUGAUGGUUUGCUCUUGAGGGAGGCACUCGUAGAUCCUUUACUAUCGCGGUACUCGGUCAUCAUGGUUGAUGAAGCCCACGAACGCUCCCUGAGUUCAGACAUCUUGCUAGGAGUCUUGAAGAAGAUCAGAAAACGCCGACCAGACUUGAGGAUAAUCGUCAGCAGUGCAACUCUACAAGCCGAGGACUUUUUGGACUUUUUCACGCGCGACGAGAGCAAUUUAGAGAAAUCAACAAAGUCAGAUGAACCUGGUGGUGAUGUCGGCCGCAUCGUAAAUCUCGAAGGCAGAAUGUUCCCAGUCGACAUUCAUUAUCUGACAGCUCCCGCUGAGGAUUACGUUGAACGUGCUGUCCAGACUGUCUUCGAUAUACAUACACAGGAGGGCGAAGGCGAUAUCUUGAUUUUUUUGACCGGACGUGAAGAGAUCGAUGCAUGCAUAUCCAUGAUCGCCGACCGCUUACCUUCUCUACCUCGUGGCUCACAAGCCCUCCAACCACUACCGCUCUACGCUGGUCUCUCGACAGAACAACAGAUGUACGUCUUCGAACCUGCAGCAGAAGACACUCGAAAAGUCAUUGUGGCUACAAAUAUUGCGGAAGCUUCGGUGACCAUACCUGGCAUAGUCUUCGUCAUCGACUCGGGUUUUGUCAAGUUACGAGCAUUCAACCCGAGCACUGGCAUCGAGACUUUGACAGCGACUGCGGUCUCCAAAGCUGCUGCAACUCAGAGAGCCGGUCGAGCUGGACGAACAAAAUCUGGAAAAUGUUAUCGUCUUUACACAGAAGCUGCAUAUGAUGCUUUGGAGGAUGCCUCUGUGCCUGAGAUUCAGAGAAGCAACCUUGCUCCAGUGAUUCUACAGCUGAAAUGCCUGGGCAUCGAUAACAUCAUUCGCUUCGACUACCUAACACCGCCACCAUCAGAGCUCGUUGUCCGAGCACUGGAGAUGCUAUAUUCUCUAGGAGCACUAGACGACUAUGCAAGACUAACCAAACCCUUGGGUGUUCGCAUGGCAGAAUUGGCUGUAGAGCCUAUGAUGGCCAAAGUCCUGCUUUCCGCACCAGACUUUGGAUGUCUCAGCGAGAUUCUGACGAUCGCUGCUAUGACGACUUUACAAGGCGCAGUGUGGUUUCAACACGGAGGUGAAAAGAAGGCAAUGGAGUCAUCAAGGUGGAAGUUCGCAGUCGCAGAGGGCGAUCAUUUGACAAUGCUCAAUGCGUAUCAAGCGUUUGUCACUAAAGGCAAGAAGGAUGCUUCGUGGUGCCGCAAUCAUCACCUCAACUUCAAAAGCAUGACGAAAGCUGUCAGUGUGCGGAACCAGCUCAAGCGAUACAUGGAGCGGUUCGGCAUCAACGUAGACGAGUCUUUGAGCUCUAAGGGCGUGUUGACUGUGGGAGGCCCAGACAAGGCAGAACAGAUCCGUCGAUGUCUGACAGCAGGCUACUUUGUGCAUGCGGCUAGGAUGCAACCGGACGGAACAUUCCAGACGGUGGAUGGCAGCAUGACAUUGCACGCACAUCCUAGCUCUCUGAUGUUUAACCGAAAGGCGGACUGGGUCAUCUUCCACGAAGUCAUGCAGACAGGAGACAAGACGUUCAUCAGAGACAUAACAAAGAUAGAAAAGAGCUGGCUGACAGAGUAUGCACCAGCGUAUUACCAGAUACGCAAGUAG